AUGACCUUCAGCAACAGGCGCAUGCGGCAGGUUGGCGUUGGAGGGGGGCAGGCGGACCAGCAGGCACAGCAGCAGCAGCAGCAGCAGCAGCAGCAGCAGCAGCAGCAGCAGCAGCAGCAGCAGCAGCAGCAGCGGCGGCAGCAGCAGCAGCAGCAGCAGCAGCAGCAGCAGCGUCUGCUGGAACCAAACGUUUCGGCGCAACACUCUGUUCUGCAGCUGGCAGCUCAGCAGCCGGCCAAGCUGAGGCGGCUCUUGCUUCGCCAUGCGCUGCCGGCAUCCCAGCUCAACUCUACAGCGCCCGCUGGGCGGAGCGCUGCGGCCGCGCUGGGCGCGUCUGCGGCUGUGCCGCCGCCGUCCUUGUUGAUGCAGAACAUGCUAGGGGAGUACCUGCAGGUGGCACCUGGCGCCCAGAAAUCGCCCGAUGACACGCCAGCAGCCGCCUCCGGCCCGAUGGCAAGCCCGCAACCAAAGCCGGAGGAGCCGCAGCUGAUGACCUCCGGCUCCCUCCAAGGAGCAAUCGGCCUGGUGGUCGGGAGGAGCUGCGGGGGCACCGUCGUCACCUGGGGCCCCCAGAUAAUUCAGGGUGUGGUGCUGAUGGGGAUCAGCUCGGUUCUCCAGGAGUCUGACCUGGCGGUUAGCGCAGCCACAGAGCGCAAGCUGCGCCAGGCGUUCGGCCUCGCACCACGGGACGCCCAGAGCCUCCAGCCGCCCCAGCUGGCGCCACAGCCGGCCUUUGCCACUGACGUCCAGCCCGAGGCGUCCCCGGGCGGCGCGACGGGCGCUCCGACCCAAACGGAGGAUGCGCGCGGCACCAACAGCAGCAGCACUGCUGGUCAUUCAGGCUCGGCCCAGAUUAUUGGCGACGACCAGGAUGACCGCCUGGCGUUCUCCACGGUGUUUGACUUCGCUGCAAUGCUGCGCAAUGGCUCGGCCACGGCGGACGGGCUGAGGGCCCUGUUUGGCCGCCGCUUGCGAAGGCACAACCCCACGCUGCGCGCCGUGGUGACAUACACUGACGCCCUGUCGGCCGACGCAGCCCGACGCGCAGACGCCCAGCUGCAGCGAGCAGGCGGGGCGCAAUCGCCGCAGGCAGCAGGUUCCCGGCAGGCCAGCGGUGCAGGCCUCAAGGACAUCUUUGCAGUGCCCGGCUACCCCACCACCUGGGGCAGCGCCGCGUUGGCCCGAAGGGUCAUCCACCGCCCGUCGUGGGCGUUUGAGGCGCUGAGCGGCGCCGCCGGCGCGGUCCACUCUGCAAAGCUUUCGACAGGGGAGCUGGCGUGGGGAGACGAUUGGUUCGGGGGCCUGACGCGAAACCCCUGGGACCCAACAACCGGAAGUUGUGGCAGCAGCGCCGGCUCUGCUGCUUCUGUGGUCGCAGUCCGAAGCAGCCAGCUACCACCACUAUCGCCGCCGCCAUCCCUGUUGCAGCAGCAGCAGCAGCAGCAGCAGCAGCAGCAGCAGCAGCAGCAGCAGCAGCAGCAGCAGCAGCAGCCGCAGCAGCAGCAGCAGCCGCAGCAGCAGCAGCAGAAGCAGCAGAAGCAGCAGCAGCCAAUUUCAAGAUCAUAUGCCGUGCCUUUCAUGUCGGCGGAUGAGUUCAGGGCUGGCCUGGGCGUCACCCUGACAUCGCUGCAGGUCGGUUUUCUGGAACGCACGGCGCCUGAGCUGGUGGGAGUGUUGAACCGCACGGCAGGUGCUGAGUUGACCGAGGAUCUGCUGACCGUGAUCCUGGAAUCCGAGGUUGCCCUCAGCUUCGAAGGGCUCUGGAUGGCAGGCAUUGUCACCGCUUAUUUUGAGAGCAACGGGAUUUCUGCGCUGCUCAAGGGCUGCGGCGGCGGCGCGGCGGGCUUGGACGCCCUGCCCUCCCUCCUGGGGAUACCCGAGGUCGUCCUGCCUGUUGGUUUCGUGCAGUCCGAGGCAGGUGACUCGGAGACUAGUGGUGUUGCGGGCGCUGCAACACCUGCCCAGCUCGUCGGCCGCAGCAACAUGUCAGCCCCACCCGCCAGCGGCGGCGGCGAACGGUCACCGACAGCGGUGGAGAAGGGCGGCUUCCCUCCCCUCAACGGCAGCGCAGUGGCACCAACAGGGGCCGGGUCCGGGCUGCGGCCGUUGUCAAACUCGAUUUUUGGGCCACCGGGCGCGGACGCUGCUGUGGUGGCGGUAGCGGACGCUUUCCAGAGCACAACAAGCCACCACCUGCAGCGGCCGACGGUGCUGGUGGGGUAG